ACUACAGAAAAUUCUAAAAAUUUUAAUGAUGUAUUUUUAAUGCGAUCAUUUCCGCUCACAACACAGCAUCAUAAUUCAUUAUAUUACAAUGGAGAUAACCAAUGGCUAUCGAAACAAUCAUCAUAUAUUUUUUGUCAUUGGUUAAACUGUACACAAUCAUUUUUGACCAUAAAAGAAUUGGUAGAUCAUAUUGAACAUAACCAUGUUGAUUUACAGCGACAUGCGAAUGGAAAAUUUUUCGUUUGUAAAUGGAAUGAUUGUAAACGUAAUGGAAAACCAUUCGAUCAUCGUUAUAAAUUGAUCAUUCAUAUGAAUGUUCAUUCUGGUUAUAAACCAAAAAUAUGUCCUUAUGAUGGAUGUGAAAAAAGUUUUUCACGUCAAGAAAAUCUCAAAAAUCAUUUACGUACGCAUACAAAAGAGAAACCAUAUUGUUGUGAGAUUGAUGGUUGUAUGAAAACGUUUACGAAUACAUCCGAUAGAGCUAAACAUCGUCGAAUACAUCGAGAUCCGAAACCAUGUCGAUGUAAAUAUCCCGGUUGUACAAAUGCUUAUACCGAUCCAAGCUCAUUGCGUAAACAUCGUAAAAAGAAACAUGAAUCACAGCCGAAUGCAUCUAUUACUACUCAAAAUCUUUCGAAAUCAUGGUCGAUUGAUUGCAGUAGUGCAAGUACAUUCGCCAAUUAUGAUUCAAAUUUGGCAAAUUCGUGGACAAAUUCAUCGUUCACUAAUUAUGAAACAAGUGUAUUUGAUUCGAAUAAUAAUGAUUUUCAAAAUUAUAAUCAUCAUGAUUCGUUGCAAUUACAAAAUGAUUCAAAUGUGAAUCAAAAUCCAGCACCAUGUUUUCCAUUUCAAAUGCAAAUGGCAACAAAUAAUCCAAACAUUAAUUUUAAUUAUCAUUCAAAUGAUCAACAAGUAGAUUAUGGAGAAACAAACUACAGCAAUUACAAAAAUGAUAAUAAUAAUAAUAAUCAAUCAUGGCAAACUCUACAUAAAACUUUGUUUGUUUAUUAAAUAAUUUUUUCAGAU